GUUGUUCGAUUUGCAUGGCACAGUUGGAGACGUGCAUGCACUCGUGCAUGGUUAUCGGAGUUGAAGGAGGCGACUCUUCGAAGAGAUUUCGCAACUGCAGCAGAAAUGUUGAGUCGUGUGGCGACUUUGGCAACUGAUUGCAAAGAAGAAUACUUUUGGUAUGGAAUGGAAUUGUUCAAGCAAGUUGAAGGAUGUGAUGAAUUGUCAACAACUUUUUUUGAACAGAUGUCUGCUAGCUUUCCUACAUUGAAAUGGGAAUGGCUGAUGGAGUUCAUACUCCACAUGAUGACAAGUGAUGAUUUUUCGCCAGCUCUGACAUUUAUCAUCAAUACUUUAACAAUUAAGGAAGGGAAACCACCCAAAUCAUUCUUUUUAUGGGACAUUCCACUCACUGCUCUUUCUGCACUUCUUUCAUUUGCUGUUUGGAAGAAUUGUUGUGAAACAGAAUCUGCGAACAAAAGUUCAGACAUUUUAGAACAAGCAAACAAUGCAUUGAAGAGGCUGAAGAAUGUUAUUAAAUUAGAUGGCACGUGGGAUGCUCAGUUGAUUGCUAUUUUUGAUCUAUUGAUACAAUUUGGUAAAUCUAAACAAGCAUUCAAGAUGGUGAGAAAGUAUUAUGAAACACAUCCUGGCAAUCCUAACGCUGUUAGAUACAUGAAGAAUGUCAAGCAACUUCACCCUAAACGGUGUAAAUCAGGCAUCAAUAGUGAUCAGAUCAUUGAAGUGGAUGGAAAGGCUUUCAUUGUACCUCCUGAUGCUUUCCUAAACACAGAAGGAAGUGCAUCAUUGCAAUCUGUAUUGCAUGUUAUGGCUCUGUUAGACUAUGGACCAUACAGUAACAGCAUUGAGCUAUGGAAUUCUCUCUGGAAAUCAGUAUAUUCUCUUUUGAAGUAUGAAAUCAAUGAUCUGUUGUCAUGUUCUGCAUGGACUGAGAGACGAGAGUGGUGGUCAAGAUUUUAUUUUAAUCUUGAGCAGGCAUAUCAUGUUCUGAAGUCACACAAAUGUGCAACGUCUUUGGAAAUGGUUUGCUGCAGAGCUCUAACAGCACACUUCCUUAUCAGACAAGGUAAUGAUUAUACAACAUAUGUCAUGUUGGGCCUGGUUCACAGACCGUCGACGUCUUCAUCUACUGAAGCUGAGAGAGAACUGCACCGCUCAUGUGUGUCACCAUACACUGACACCAUACACAGACUAGACAGCUUCCUCAACCCUCAAGAGUUUGUAGAGAACAUACAAAAAACACAGAUAGAAGACAAAAACAGCACAGAGAGCAAUUCUACUGAAGAACUAUUUUCUGAUGAUGACAGUGACAUUGUGACUAGUGAUCCAGCACUGGUGUAUAAGCCCGUGUAUGAGAAUCGUAUACCUAGGCCAAAGGCACCACCUCGACUUCCAGUGUUUACUGCAUUAAUGGAAGAAGGAAAGCCAUGGAGGCGAAUAAGAAAACGAGUGAAGAAAGUUGAUGUUACAGUAACAGAUAGUUACGAAAGUGACUCUGAAGAAUUACUAGCAAAACAAGCAAGAAAAGGUAAUGCUUCGGUAACAGAUAGUUAUGAGAGUGACUCCAACGAAGAGUGCAAACAGAGUUGUCGGUCAUGAAGUCACCAAUGCAACCAGCGAUGAAGACUAGAUAAAUUGGGUACAGUUCUGUUUGAUACACAAAGUUUAUAAGAAAUGUAGUAGUAUACCCUUGGCUUCAAGGUGAUAUGUAAAUAAAUUCAAAUGUUAAUAAAUAUUGUAACC